AUGAGCGAACCGUCAGAAUUGCUUCUCUCCAAGUUUUCCAUCGAGAAUUUGAUCGAACAGACCUACGUCGGAGUUGAGGAGCCAGUGGAUUUGAACUCAUUUGUAAGAAAUUACCAUAAUUAAAGAGAAUAAAAGUGUCUUUUGGUUCAGACCAACUACGGAUAUACUAUAAACUUGCUUCCGAACGGACUUUUAUGGGCAAAAAGACUUGCCGACGAUUUUUCCUGCUCAUUUUCGGUGAUACCCAUCGCCAAACCGUGUCCCCAUGGAUCGACGGCUAAGAAAAGGAGGUUUCGUAAUCUUGGUUUUUACUCACUUUUAUGUUUCUGUAGUAUCUGAAUCAAUAAAACGACUGAAAAUAAGUUGAAAUUUUAUGAAAAAUUGUAAAAAAAUAGCUGUAAUUCUCAAAAUUUCCCAUGUAAAAUGAAGAAUUUUUGAGCUCUUGACGGAAAAAUUUAAUUAAAUAAUUGAAAUUAUACUUUUUUUGUAAACUAGGAGACUUCAAGACCUUUUAAAAAAAGCCUAAUUUAAAGGAAAAGCGGAAAAUUUUUUUUUUACAAGAUAAAGACACAUUUUUGAAAGUUUUGGACUCACUUUAAUCUAUUUUUUGGCCUAGAUUUUUCAUAUUUCGUAAUUAAUUCCAACGGGUAGAAAUUAAAUAUGUUCACUGUUUCAAAUGAAUUGGGGGUCAAAAUAGUCCGAAAAAUGCUUUUAUCCACUCAUAGAAAUCACUAAAUUUCUUCAAAAAAAGCCGUUUUUUUAAAGUUUUUUUCCAAGUUCCUCGCUUUUUUUGUAGAUCAAAUAUGGGCAUAAUAUCAUUUAAAAAAAAAUUGAUUUUAAUUCCGUAACUCUCGAAAAAAAUUUUUUUAAUUUUUUUGGCCUUUAUUCAGUCAAAUUCAAAUAUAAAAAAAUCAAUAAAAAUUUUUUUCAAAAAUUUAAUUUUUUUGUCAAUUUUUUUCAGUUUCCUCGUUUUUUUGUAGAUCAAAAGUGGUCAUAUUUUCAUCUGAAAAAUUUAAUUUUGAUCCGAAAAAAAAAAUUUUCAGCUUUUUUCCAGUCAUUCUCAGCUCCUUUUCAGUCAAUCUCGCCGUAUUUUCCAAAUUUUCAGACCCCUAAAAAUCAAAUUCCUGUCGAUAUCUUCCACGGAGGCGGCUCUUUGCGAUGUUUCCGGUCGGUUAUGGAAACUGGACCUUCAGACGAUCCCGUUCGGGAAAUCUGAAGAAACUUCGGUCGAUGUAAAAAAGCUGCCGAUGUCGAAACAGUUGCUCUGCGUUCGGAUCUGCGCCGGACGGUAGGAAAGAAAAACUCAAAAAAGUGAUGAAAUAACCCCUUAAGGUCCCACUUCCUGGCUCUGGUCAGGAGGAGAAGGUCCGAGGAGACUUUCCGGAAGUCUGAAGAGGGGGAGGACGAAUAUUUCUGCGAAGAUUGUCGGCAGAGCUCCAGAUUGAGGUUAUCGACGCUGAUGAUCGAAGCGGAUCAGGUUGGACUGGGAAGUGACCACUUUAGGGCUCGACGUUUCAGUGGCCACUAUAGUAGUCGAAUAAGUGGCCGCUUGAGGGGUACGAAAACUACUAUAGUGGCCACUAAGGCGCUAAGUUGGGAUUGAAGCCGAUGAGGAGAAUUUCUAGUGACCACUUCAGGGUUUCGACGUUUUAGUGGCUAGUGUAGUGGUAGAGUUAGGGGCCACUCAAGUGACAGAAACUUAGUGGACUCUUUAGGGAUAUUACUAGACCAAUAAAAAAUACUUUAGUGGUCACUGACACGUAAAAUAGAGUCUUCUAUAGAGGUGGUUCGGAAUUGAAGCCGAUGAGGAGAAUUUCUAGGGACCACUUUAGGGCUCGACGUUUUAGUGGCUAGUGUAUUGGUAGAGUUAAUGGCCACUCAAGUGACUUGAAUUGAGUGGCCUCUUUAGGGGUAUUAGGAGUAAUGCUAGGCCACAAAAAAAUACUAUAGUGGCCACUUGACGCAAAAUAGUGGCUUCAAGAGAGGCAAUCUCAGGUUGAAAUAAAAGCUGAAUGAUGAAAUUUUUAGUGACCACUUCAGGGUUCUGACCUUUCAGUGGCCACUUAAGUGACAAAAACUUAGUGGACUCUUCAGGGAUAUUGUUAGACCAACAAGAACUACUAUAGUGGCCACUUGACGCAAAAUAGAGGCUUCAAGAGAGGCAAUCUCAGGUUGAAAUCAAAGCUGAAUGAUGAAAUUUUUAGUGAUCACUUCAGGGUUCUGACCUUUCAGUGGCCACUAUAGUAAAAGAGUUAGUGACCUCUCAAGUGGCUAAAAUCUAGCGGCCUCUCCAGAAGUUUCAGUGGUACUGCUAGACCACUAAAACUACUAUAGUGGCCACUAAGACGCAAAAUAAUGGCGUCAGUAGAGUCGGUUUUAGUGGCCACUUGAGAGUCCUCUCCAAGUAGUCCUCAAAGAACCUCUUCAGUGACCACUAGAGUUUUUCCGAGGAGUUCAAAAAAAAAAACGAUCUGACCUGUCUGCGCUCUCUACGAGGUCAUAGAGAGAUGAAAAUGGCCGAGAGAGCGCAGAGAGAUCAGAGAAAAAUGUUAAUAAUAGUUAUUUUAUUGGGAUUUUCGUUUCAUAGUUUGUGGAAUAGGACUUGGGACAUAAUUUUUAACUGUCUGACCUGUCUGAGAUCUCUUUUCCCUCGCCGGUGAUGUCAUAGAAGUAUGAAAAUGAGCGAGAGAAAAGGAGACGGAGAGAAGUUAGAAUGCUGUAGGACGAGUGGACUUUAUUGAAACUUUUACAAAAUCUCUGUUUUCAUGACCUGAAUCGAAAUUUAGAAAAAAAAAACUUUUGAAAUGAUAAAUUUCGAUUUCAGAUGGCCGAGGAACUCCGGCUGACGGGAGAAGAUGCGGAUCGCCUUUCCAGAGUCUCUCAAUUUUGUCAUUCUGCUCGAUUUCGUUGCUCGUUAGUUUCAAAAAUUUUUUGACUGUCUAACCUGUCUGUGUUCUCUUUUCCCUCGUCGACGAGGUCAUACAAGUAAAAGAAAAUCUGUCGUUCAAAAAAUGACGUCAUUUCUAUCAAAAAUAUCAAAAUUUACGUCACUUCCAGAAAUGACGUCAUUGUUUAAUUUACAGGCCUAAACAAAUUUUUUUUAAAGGUAGAAACUUGGGUAAAAUGCUACAAAGCUUCCUGGAGUCUAUUUAAUUUUUUGUUUUUUCAAAAUUAUGAGCUCUCAAAAUAAUCCUUAUGCACCUUGAUUAGUUAAAACCAUGCCGUUGAGGGGAAAAUUAAAGUACUUUCCCAUUUAAAAAUGACGUCACUUUUUCCAGGAAUGACGUCAUCGAGGAGGAUGAGGUGACGUCAUCGUCACCAACCGGCGAGAUCCCGGAAAAUCCCAAACUUUCGGCGAUCCACAAAACUGUCUCCAACAUGGAAAAACUUCCCGAAUCGUUUGAUCUCGAUUCAAAUUUUCUUUUUAAAGGUUUCAAAUCGGAGUUUCGAAGUUUAUAGAACUUUGAAACCACAAGUUUUUUCUAGUUUAUUGUGAAAAAUUUAAAAAAGAGAGUUUUACCAAAAUUUCUAUGAUUUGAAGCUCCAAAAAAAUGAGCUUUUUUGGGGGCGGAGCUUCAGCUGAUGCUCAGCCAAAUUUUCGAUUUAUUCAAGUUCAGUUGAUUCGAAGCUAUUUUCGAUGAUUUUUUGAUUUUUUUUUUGGCCAGUUUGAGUCGAUGCGCAGCGAAUUAUUCAAAAAAAUCAAGGAAAAUCAUCGAAAUUUUUAGACCUCCAUCUCAUUGAAAAAAAUGGAGGGUCCCUAAUUUUUUUCCGGUUUUUUUGUGAUUUUUUUGGAGCUUUAGUCGAUGCGCAGCGAAUUAUUUAAAAAAAUCAAGGAAAAUUAUCGAAAUUUCUGGCUUCUACCUCAUUGAAAAAAAUACUCAAAGACCUAAUUUUUUUUGAAAUUUUUUCGGGUUUUUAAGUUGAUGCGCAGCCAUUUCUGGAUACGUAGUCAUUCAAAAUCAAUUUUUUAGACGCCAUUAGUCUCCCCGAUGCCGAAAUUGGCCAUUUCACCUUCGUUUCGAUGGAUCGGAUAUCGAUCCGGAGCAAGUUUAUAGGUUUAACUUUUUGCUUUUUUUAAGCUUAUAUCUUCGAAAUAUUUAUCAAAAGUGGUUUUUUUAGACAAGGCCGAAACCACGUCGAGUCAGGAAAGCCGGACAAGGAUUGGGGGCAAGAAAACGGCCGGUUUUGGUGGGUUAUUGAGCAAUGAAUAAGGGCUUUUUUUUUGAAGGAAAGAUGGUUUUUUCAAGAUUUUUUUUUUAAAUUCCAACAGAAAUCCCAGUUUUCUCGAAGCCCCCAACAUUCCCAUUCUUAUAGGAAGCCUCCAAAAAUUUUUUGGGCUUGUAAAAAGGUCUCCGUGAACUCUAGGAAACUGAAAAAAAAAGUAAAAUUAAGCGAACCACGCAUAUUUUUUCCGUAAAAUGUAACGUUUUGUGUGCAUGCACCGCGACGCUCUCGCACAUUCUGUGUUCAAAGUAAUUUUCCUGAAAUUCAAAAUCAUCUUUGAAUUUUCGCAAUUCAGUUAUAUUUUUCACUUUUUUUUUUUGAAUUUCUGGAAAUUACUUUAAGAACGGCAGGUGCUUCAAAAAAGUUUAAACAGAAUAGUUGCGUUGUUUCAAAUGAGAAGUCGAUUCGUCUUUUGACCCAUUGAACAUGCGCCUUUUAGUUUACCUGUUGUUUACGCUGGCAACGGGGAGUUUUGACCACGCCCCCUUCAUUUUUGGUUUUUCAUUUUCUUCCAUUAACAAAAACGCCGUGCGAAAAAUUCUGAUAUUUUUUAAGCUUGCUGGAUUUUUUUCUUCGCAAGAUCGAAAAUUAAAAACUUAACAUGAUCGAUUCAUUGAUUUUUUUUUUAGAACCGAAGAAAUGUAUUGAUAGUCUGUUUGCCACGACUUUAAAUUCAACCCAACGAUAUUCCGCUGUUUCGCGAAGCGUCUUCGAAUCUAGGGUUUUCAAUUGAUUUUUAUUGCUGAGAGUGCACAUGAAAGUAGAGUACCUUAAUAAAAAAAAAAAUUAAAAGCGCGACCGAGGUUUGCAAAGGCGCGCAGCGGCACAGCGGAAUGUCGUUUUAUGAAAUUCCAAGUCGUGGGCUAUAUUAGGUCUUGCUUUUUUGAUGGGCAAGAACUCUCUUUUUCGGGAUUAUUCAAGAAAUUGAAGUUAUCAUCAGAAUCAGCGGGAAAUUUGAUAUUUAAUUAUUUAUUUUGAAUACAUUUCAAGACAAGAAUCAAUUUUAAGAGUGCUUGGAAAUGCGGGAAUGUCAUGAAGUUUGGAGUUGGGGCGCGAAUGAGUGCGGUCAGUUGGGCCAUGGGGACACCGUCGGCAGGUUCUUACCAUCAAAAAUAUAAGGCAAUCUUGGUUUUCCAGACAUCAACCGUCGAGGAUCAUCAACUUGGACAAGGAAUUCGUCACGGAUCUGUCCUGUGGCGACGAUUUUUCCAUGGCCAUGACGUCUUCUGGAGAAGUAACAGAAUUAUUUAUCGAUUAUUAAACUCCAGAGGGGUCCCUAUAGGGGCCAGGGGUGAAAAAAACAUCUACAAGGUGAAAUUGAAGUGGUCCCUAGAGGGGUUAGGGGAACAAAACAGUCCCUAUAAGGGAAAAAAAAGCUUCUAAAGGUUAUAAUUCAGGUUUCAGAACAGACCCAUAAGUUUAAGUGGUCCCUAUAGGGGAAUUUUAGUUCUCUGUUCUUCUCAUAUUAUGAUUCCCUAGAGUGGCCACUUUUGCAAGCUUUAGUGUACCCUAUAGGGGUUGGCAAAGUGGUCCCUAGAGGGGAACCUUCAAGGGCUCUGUAGGGAUCACUCUGGGUUGAAGAAAACUCUGAGAACCACUAAAGCGUUCCCUUUCGCAUUGGAGCGCACUUUGAGCCGGAAUUCGUCUCUUGGUUUUUUUUAGGAGAUUUUUCGACCUUUCCAGGAAGUUUUCAUUUUUUUUUUUCAUUUAUAAAUAGUUUAUAUAGUUUUCGAGAGGAUUAAAAUAUAUAUAAUAUUAUUUUUUUCGCAGGUUUUCACCUGGGGCCGGAAUAAUUUCGGCCAGGCCGCCGAGCCAAUGAUUCUGCUGCCAAAAACGCUUCGGGUAUAGUUCUUUUUUUUCAUUUUUUCUGAAAUUCGAGUUUUUUUAAACCAUAAAUUCAAUAUUUUUAAUCGCAAAACUGAUUUCAAAACCACUAAAGCGUUCCCUGGGAAUUUUCGCAUUGGAGCGCAACUUGCGCCAAAAUUCGUCUCUUGGGGUAUUUUUACGAGAACUUUUUUUUUCGAUUUCUCGCCUUUUUUCAUAAGUUUCUUAUAUUUUUCUUUUCUAAACCGUUUAUAAAGUUGUUGAGAGGUUUAUUUGAAUUAUAAAUACUGGAAUUUUUUUUAAAAGUAUACCUGCUUUUUAGGUUAAUACGAUAAGAACGGUAACUACAAACUGAUUUUAGCCAAAAGGCCGAUUUUUACCUGAAAAAACUUUUGAUCUUCAUAUUUGUCUUGAAAAUUCGUAUCUAGGGGAGAAAUUGUUCUUAGUUAAUGUUAUUUUUAAAUUCGUUUAGGAUUUUCAAGUUGAAUUCAAAGUUUUGUAUCGUCAUUUUUUUAUAAUUAUAAAUCUUGAGUACCUAUUUCCGUAAUUUCAGCGAUUUUUUGACUUUUUGAACAAAAUUUGCUUUGUUUGAAGUUCCUAAUCUUUUCAGAUUGGUGCUGAUCAGUUCGCCUUCGGCCUGAGAUGUUCUGCGAGCCACGCGGCGAUCCAAAUCGCUUCAGUGAACACUUCGACGGCCGUUUAUCUGACUGGCGAGGGGAUUAAAGCCAGUCAAUCGGCCGUUUUUCGACUUCCUUUGAAGUCAAAGGUCCGAUUUUUGAUUUUGAGCAGUUUUCAUGGAAUUAAUAUAUAGAGAGGUUGGAAAAAAAUAUAACUUCACAAAAAAUGUUAAAAUUUUGAGGAAGUUAGUCAAUUUGAGACAAUAAUAGGAAGCUUCCUGUUGAAUUUUCAAACAUUUUUUGAUUUUGCACAAAAUUCGGUAUUUUUUCAACUCAGUAAAGCCAGAGGGAUCCCUAUAGGGAUUAAAAAUGCUCCCUGAAAUUCAAAAAGUUCAGGUACUCUUUAGGGGAGUUCAGUGCCCCAUACAGGGGAUGUCAAACUGGAGGGAAAUCUUUAUUGUGCCCCUAUAGGGGCCACUUUGGCGCUCCUAGGACGUUUUAACUUCACGCCGUUGCACAGAGUUGCUUACCGUAAUCUGAUUUUGGCGAAAAUGAAGAUUUCUUUUUGUUCUUCUUUUUUAAGUUCUUAAUCCAAGACUCGUGGAAAAAUACUCAUUUAUUCUUGACCUCCAGUUGAUGCGCAGCCAAUUAGGAAGCCGAAAAAAAAAAUCGUUCACGUACACGUUACGUUUUCAUACAGAAUUCAUUUUUUCCUCGUCGAAACUUUGCUUUUUCGAAGUAUUCAUUCCCAGGAGCAUCUCCCGGUCCGCGUUAUCCUGGAAAACGGAACCGUUUGGGUCCAUCAAACCGGAAAAAGUCCGGCCAACACGAAUCUCUUGAAGUUCUUCCACGACGGCUGCAAACACGUCCGACUCACGAAAAUCCUCUGGAUCGCCGUUUCAGCCGCCGCUAAUUGCUGUAAGCCUUGCUUACCGUAAUCUGAAAGCUCUUUGGAAUUUUCCAGUCAAGACCAAAGAUGACGUCAUGGCGCUGGAGAUGAAAAACUUGUUGAGCAGUUUGGCGGCCAAUUUGGAGGCCUAUUUUCAUGCUUUUUGCAGGUUUUUCGAAACGAAAAAUGAUUUUUUAAGAAAGGUUACUGUAUUUGAAGUGAUUUUGUUUAGAUAGGCCGGACUUUGAGAAAAAGAUUUAAUUCAAAAAGUGAAAAAAAAGUCAGAAAAUUUUUUUGAAUGAGGUUUUUCAGUAUUUUAUGUACAGUUUUCACCGUAUUUUUUUGAUAUUUUUUUGAAAAAAAGUUUGUAAUUUUUUUCAGUUUUUUUAUAUCGAUAUUUCGAAAAAAAUGAUGUCACGAAGUAUUUUUUUAACAAGUUUAAAAGUUUUUAAUGAAUCUCAUAAUGAAAUUCGUUGAUUUUUUUCACGUUCAGAAAGCAUUUUUUUGUUCAAAAAAAUCAACGGAAAACUGAAGAAAUUUGAAUUUUUUUCGAUAAUUUUUUUGAUCAAAACGUCCUUUUUCAUUCAAAAAAAUCGAUAAAAAAACUGGAAAUAUGAAUUUUUUUAUAAUUUUUUUACAUCAAAACGCCCCUUUUCUUUAAGAAAACUCACCAAAAAGUUGGAAAAAAAUUUGAAUUUUUUUCGAAAAAUUUUUUUGAUCAGAACGCCCAUUUCUAUCCAAAAAAAUCAACUAAAAAAACCUGUAGAAUUUACAUUUUUUUCUGACUGUUUUAUUUCCAUUGAAUUAGUUGAAGAUUUGUCCUUUUUCCAACGCAAAACUUUCUGAAAGAGUUUAAAAAAUCUUAUAAAAAUCAAUUUUGAGUGUCCUGAAUGACGUCGCCAAUGAACUGUGCCGAAUCCGACAUGAUGCCAAAGUUUUGACGAAGUAUCUGACGAUUCUGACGUCUUCUAAGUGUGUGGAGCUUCUGAAGACGUGCGUCGAGGAUUUCGCCGCCUGCGAGGCUUUCGUCCUCUUCGGAAACAUCAAUUUGAGGUUCGUGUGACAGGAAAAAGGAGAAUAUAGAAACUUCGCCCCCCCCCCGGCUCCAACAAGCCCCUCCUGUUAUCAUCCCCGGGCUCUAACAACCCCCCUGUUCUCUCUCCCCCGGGCUCUAACAAGCUUCCCCACUGUUCUUAUCCCCGGGCUCAAACAACCCCCCUCCCACUGAUUUCACCCCCCAGGCUCUAAUGGCUAUGAGCACCCCCCCUGUUCUCACCCUGGGGCUCUAACAAACUUCCCCCCACUGUUCUCACCCCCCGUCUCUGACAAGCCCCCUGUUCUCAUCUCCGGGCUCUCACAAGCCCCCCAAUCCCUAUAGGGACCUUGAGCUUUAGGGGUGAAGGGUGAGACCCCGAGCCCCUUAAGGGAUCAUAGACCCUGAAAAACCGCUUAUUUUUCCAGUUCCACCAUGAAAAGCGAGCUCAGCAGGACCUCUCUACAGUACGAAUGCGAUUCGGUCAAAGUCCCGACUCAACUGUCCCAACUUUUCGGGAAACUCGUCGAUUGGACCGCCUGGAUUGGCGAUUUUUCGAAGAAAUUGGCGGAUUCUCCGGAUUCUGAGGUACGUUUUUUAGUUUUUAUAUUUUUUACGACACGUUUUUUGCUGUUUUUUUAAGUCAAGCGUUCUAAAUAUCAAAUUUGAUAGCUUCCUAAUAGGUUAAAAAAAGCGCCACUUCGAAAAAAAUAUGAAAUUUUCUAUGAAAAAAAUAAUUUAGAGCUCGAAUAAUGAGUCGAAAAUUGGGAUAAAUGUCAUAGAAAUUUGAAAUUUUAGUAUUUCCUCUGA